AUGACAAUUCCAACAGAUAAUAAUAGUAGUAAUAAUAAAGGUUAUAACGAUAAUAAUAAUAAUAAUAAUAAUAAUAAUAAUAAUAAUAAUAAUAAUAAUAAUAAUAAUAAUAAUAAUAAUAAAGAACAUCCAAAUAUAAAUAAUAAUAAUAAUAAUAAUAAUAAUAAUAAUAAUAAUAAUAUAAAAGAAUCAUCAUCAUCAAAUUCAAAUCAUUCAUCAUCACAAUCUUCAUCAACAGCAACUGUAAAUAGUAAUCCAAAAGUUUAUCCAUAUGAAAUUAUAAAGCAAGUUGGUCAAGGUACAUUUGGUAAAGUUUAUGAAGCAAAAAAUCAAGAUAAUAAAAGAGUGGCCAUUAAAAAAGUUGAAAAAUCAAAUCAUUUCAUUAGUAGAGAAUACGAUAUUCUUAAAAUUGUUGCUCAUCCAAAUUGUUUAAGAAUUUUAGAUAUGUUUUAUACUGCCGAGGAUAAUAAAAAAAUGCAAAAUUUAGUAUUCGAUUUUAUUCCAUAUACUUUAGCAAGUUUAUUAAAGAAAAGACAAUUAUCAAUUAAUUUCAUUAAAGUGCUAUUUUAUCAAUUAUGUCAAGCAAUUAAACAUAUUCAUUCAAAAGCAAUUUGUCAUAGAGAUAUAACUCCAAAUAAUAUUUUAUUAAGUUCAAAAGGUGAAUUAACAUUAGCUGAUUUUGGAAGUGCUAAAAUUUUAGAAUCAAAUCAUACAAGUAUGUCAUAUAUUUGUUCAAGAUAUUAUAGAGCUCCUGAAUUAUUAGUUGGUUGUUCAAAUUAUACUACUAAAAUUGAUAUUUGGUCAAUUGGAUGUAUUUUAGCAGAAAUGUUAAUUGGUAAACCAUUAUUCCCUGGUACAAAUUCAAAUGAUCAAUUGGGUAGAAUUAUUGAAGUAUUAGGAUCACCAACAAAAGAUGAUAUGGAAGCAAUGAAACCAAGUAAACCAUACCAUUUACAAUUACCAAAUAUUAAUCCAAAGUUUUUCGAAUCAUUACAUAAUGUUGAAGAUAAAACAGUUGUUGAUUUAUUAUCAAAAAUUUUCAUUUUUGAUCCUGUAAAGAGAGCAUCGAUUGAUGAAAUUAUUGCACACCCAUUUUUAAGAGAUGUAAAUAUAAAUAGUUUAGAAUUAUUUGAUGAAAUGAAAUGUUUUUCAGUAUCAGGUAAUGGUAAAUCAUCAUUAACAACAAAUUCAACUUCAUCAUCUUCGACAACUGCUAAUAUGACCUCUUUAGCAAGUUCAAGUAGUAAUAAUAAAACAACUUGCUCUGAAACUUAUCUUUCAAGACUACCAACAAGCGCAAUCACAAGUAGUAGUAAUUUAAAAAGUAUAGAUAAUAGUAAUAAUGGAAAAUCUUCUUCCUCUUCAAAUAAUAUUCCAAGUUUAAAUAAUAGUAAUAAUGGUGUAAUUACAAAUACUAUUUAA